AGGUCUGUAUAAAGACUCAGCAUCACCCUGAGGAACAGAUACAGAGACACGAGACACAAUACUAGAACAAAUCCUAGAAAACAGGACUUGAUUUUUAACGCUCUUCGUUUUCUGUUUAAGGUGGAAGUGAAAGAAGUGGAACCGUAGCUUGCAGAAUCAGCCAAGAUGACCCAAGACGCUGAAGUGGACAUGAAGGAUGUGGAGCUUAACGAGGUGGAUCCAGAGAAGCAGCCCAUGACAGGAGGAGAAACUGGAAAUGGCGACGCCAGCUCCCCUGUCACGGAGAAAAAUGGCAGUGUGAAGGUGAAAAUUCCUGAAGAGAAAGAAGCCAAGUUUACUGGCCUGUCCAAAGAAGAGCUUCUGAGAGUUGCUGGAACUCCAGGGUGGAUUAAGGUCAGAUGGGCACUCCUCAUUUCGUUCUGGCUCGGCUGGAUUGGGAUGCUGGCCGGUGCCAUCGUCAUCAUUGUUCAGGCGCCCCGAUGCAAACCCCUGCCUGAGAUGAACUGGUGGGAUGAGGGUCCCCUGUACCAGAUUGGAGAUAUUAUGUCAUUCACUGGUGAAUCUAACAUUGCAAGUUUGGCGAAGAAACUUGAUUAUGCUAACAAACUGAAGGUGAAGGGUCUGGUUAUAGGCCCUAUCCACGCCUCAAGUCCAGAUAAGCCUGAAGACCUGAAUUUGGAGGAGAUCAGCUCUACUGCUGGAAACAUGGAGCAGCUGUCUAAGCUUCUCGAUGAUGCGCACAAGAAAAGUAUGUCUGUGGUCUUGGACCUGACCCCUAACUAUAGCGGAUCAAACCUUUGGUUCAAUAGUAAUUCUACUCAUGUCGCAGAUAAAGUCACGUCUGCCACUAAUUAUUGGCUGAGUAAAGGCGUGGAUGGAAUUCUCCUUCAUGGCGUUGAUCGUAUUGACACUUUGGACUCCUUUUGGACUGGCAUGAGAGAAACUGUCAAAAAUCACACGCAGGAAGAGAAGAAAAAGGUUCUAAUAGGAGUUACCGAGUCAACAUCUGUUGAUGAUGUAAAGCGACUCAUGAACAAGACUGGUGUGAAUUUGCUCCUUUCACGGGUCCUAAAACCUGAGCCUGGACUGGAGACUGUGCAGGCUGUGGAGCAAUUAUACUCUGUGCAAGGAAACAAUCUGAUCUGGAACAUUGGUGAUCGUGUCAGGGGUCACUUGGCUUCCAUAGUCAAGGCGGCACAUGUGAAGCUGAGCCAGCUGAUGCUGCUCACCCUGCCUGGUACAGCUGUUUUUAACUAUGGAGAUGAAAUCGGACUGGAAGAUGAUGAGACUGUGUACCCGCAGAUGGUGUGGUUUAAUACCUUGAAUGACACUGAAAAGGAAGAGAAAGAACAGCGAAGUGCUCUCCAUUCCUUCUUCAAGUCCGUGAGUGAGUUUAAGGGGAAGGAACGGUCACUCCUGCAUGGAGAAUAUGUGCCUCUAAGCAACUCCAGUAGUUCUAUGGCCUACAUGCGCAGGUGGGAUCAGAGUGAGCGCUACAUAGUUGCUUUGAACUGGCACCCUAGUGAGCCGGUCACUCUACAGCUGUCUCACAGUGAGCUUCCUGACAAAGCCACUGUAGUCAUCAGCACUGAUGCAGAAAAGCUGGCCCCUGACACCACUGUUGACCUGGCACAGCUGAAAGUGGAGCCACAAAUGGCUGUUAUGCUUAAAUUCCCUUACAUAGCAUAAAGGAUGCUGUGGCUUUAAAUUUGUUUGAGGUCAAUUUUAUUAUUAUUUUUAAACAUGGUAGAAAAAUUUUGCUUGUUGGGCAUUCUGUUACUUGUACUUUCCCUUGAUAUUUGUGGUCCAAAUGCACUGAAACAUAAACUUGAUGAUUAUAUUUAAACACAAUGAGUACAAUUGUAUGCAAAUAUGUAAGAAAAUGUGCACAGCCAGCCAAAAAAAAGUUUUAAAGCAAAAGUCAUUGGCAGUGUUUUUUUUUAUUGCAUGAAAACAGUCCCUCAAAACAAACCAUGAACAAGAGAAACAUGGGGGGGAAAUAAAGGAGAGAGCAUUCAUAA